UUAAGAAGAGGAAAAAACUAACAAAACAAAGGCAAGCCUCUAUAAACUGGUGUCAGGAUGUCUGUGCAUUUGCUGAACGGAUUUUUGCUGGUACUUUUCUGGAUUACAGUGAGAAGUACUCCAACGCCAGGAUCUGAGGGGCACACUUCAAUCACUGACUGUCCAUCAUGCUCCCUGUCCAGAUUCCACAAGGAUGCACCCAGUUCUCAAAGUGACAUGGUGGAGGCAGUCAAGAAGCACAUUCUGAAUAUGCUGCACUUGAGGGACAGACCCAACAUCACGCAGCCAGUGCCCAAAGCAGCUCUUUUAAAUGCCAUCAAGAAAGUUCACGUGGGGAAAGUAGGAGAUGAUGGGCAAGUGCAAAUAGAUGAUAGAAUUGCAAGGCGAGCGGAAGUUAAUGAAAUUUUGGAGCAAACCUCAGAAAUUAUCACGUUUGCUGAAGCAGGGCCCUCAAAGAAAGUGCUUCACUUUGAAAUCUCCAAAGAAGGCAGUGACCUAUUGAUAAUCCGGGAAGCAGAACUUUGGCUCUUUUUAAAACUGUCUAAAGUCAACCGAAGCCGAGCUAGAUUAACAAUACGGCUAUACCAGCAGCAGAGGGUUCAGAAGGAACAUAGAGGAUCUGAAUCAAAUAAAAAUGAAGUUCUGAUUGCUGAGAAAGUGGUGGACACAAAGAAAAGUGGCUGGCACACAUUCCCAAUCUCUGGGAGCAUCCAGCGCUUACUCAAUCAUGGCAAGUCAUCUAUGGACAUUCGCGUGGCUUGUGAUCAAUGCCAAGAGACUGGGGCAACUCCUGUCUUUCUUGGGAAAAGGAAGAGAAAAGAUGAUGAGGAGAGAGAAGCAGGUACAAAUGGAGGUGAAGAAGAAAAAGAACAGUCACAUAGGCCGUUCCUAAUGAUCGUUGCUCAGCAAACAGAUGAGCACCCACAUAGAAGAAGGAAACGAGGCCUUGAAUGUGAUGGUAAAGUGAACAAUUGCUGCAAAAAGCAAUUUUAUGUCAGUUUCAAAGAUAUAGGAUGGAGCGAUUGGAUCAUAGCACCUCCUGGCUAUCAUGCCAAUUACUGCGAGGGAGACUGCCCGAACCACAUUGCGGGGACUUCUGGGGCAUCUCUUUCAUUCCAUUCCACAGUAAUCCACCAGUAUCGAGUUAAAGGCCACAGUCCCUUCAACAACAUUAAAUCUUGUUGUGUUCCAUCUAAGUUGAGAGCUAUGUCAAUGCUCUAUUAUGAUGAUGGACAAAACAUAAUUAAGAAGGAUAUCCAGAACAUGAUUGUGGAAGAAUGUGGUUGCUCAUAAACUGAACACUUGCUAUCACACCAAUCACAGAAAAAAAUUGCAAUUGGCUUGCAAGUAGGUAAUGAUCAACGGGAGAUGAACUUGAGAAGGAAGAGCACGUUCUGCACCUGCUGCAGUUGGUAUAUGAAAAGGACAUUUCUAGCUCUUAUAGCUUUGAGCUUGGAUACUAUAUACAGAGGCACAAGA